AUGUACGGCUCCGGCUCACAGACCGGUGUCUCGACACCCCGUUCUCAAGCUGUUUCUCGCCCUCUUAUCCUUUCGCACGGCUCUCUCGAGUACUCGUUUUUAAUACCCACUGCUCUCCACUUCAGCGCUUCGCAACUCAAGGAUGCCUUCAUCGCCACUCUCCCUACACCUACAGAUGAGCUUGCUCAGGACGAUGAGCCUUCAUCCGUCACCGAGCUUGUAGCUCGCUACAUUGGCUUCGUCGCCCGCGAGGCCGACGAGGGCGAUGACCCGGGCUCCUACGAGGAGGUGCUCAAGCUCGUUCUCCACGAGUUCGAGCGUGCAUUCCUCCGCGGAAAUGAGGUCCACGCCAUUGCUGCUUCUCUUCCCGGCAUCUACGAGAAGAAGCUCGUCACUGUUCAGUCGUACUACGCCGCCAGAGCUGCCGUCAGCAGGCCGAUCAAGUCUCACGAGUCGGCUCUGUUGCGCGAGGCCGCUGAUGAGAACGCCUUCAUCUACGCUGUUUUCGGUGGCCAGGGCAACAUCGAGGAGUACUUUGAGGAGUUGAGAGAAAUCUACACCACCUACCCCUCAUUUGUCGAGGACUUUGUCACCGCAGCAGCUGCGCACCUGCAGACACUUUCCAGAGAGCCUCAGGUUCAGAAGCUCUACCCCAAGGGUCUGGACGUCAUGCGCUGGCUGCACAACAAGGACGCUCAGCCUGACGUUGACUACCUUGUUUCAGCACCCGUCAGUCUGCCCCUGAUCGGUCUUACACAGCUCGCACACUUUGUUGUUACUUGCAGAGUCCUCGGCACCCACCCUGGAAACGUGCGCGACAGACUGAGUGGUACCACUGGUCACUCUCAGGGUGUCGUGACUGCUGCAGCCAUUGCGGCUUCUAAGAGUUGGGAAUCUUUCGACAAGGCUUCAAGAGAUGCUCUCUCGAUUCUGUUCUGGAUCGGUUCGCGCAGUCAGCAGGCAUACCCCCGUACCUCGCUGGCUCCCUCGACCCUCCAGGACUCAAUCGACAGCGGCGAGGGUACCCCCACCCCUAUGCUCUCCAUUCGCGACCUCACCCGCGAGGCUGUUCAGACUCAUAUUGAUGCCACCAACCAACAUCUUCCCGAAGACCGCCACAUCGCCAUCUCGCUUGUCAACAGCGCUCGCAACUUCGUCGUUACCGGUCCUCCCAUGUCUCUGUAUGGUCUGAACCUUCGUCUUCGCAAGGUCAAGGCUCCUACCGGUCUCGACCAAACCCGUAUCCCCUUCACCGACCGCAAGGUCCGCUUUGUCAGCCGUUUCCUGCCCAUCACCGCCCCUUUCCACAGCAAGUACCUCGCAGAGGCAGACACCCACCUCCAACAAGACCUCAAGGACAUUGUCAUCCCCAGCUCUGACUUGGGCAUUCCUCUUUACGACACCAACACUGGCAAGGAUAUCAGCCAGGAACCCACCGACAACAUUGUUCCCCAGCUUGUGCGCAUGAUCACUCAAGACUCGGUCAACUGGGAGACUGCCACCGUUUUCCCCAGAGCUACCCACGUCCUCGACUUUGGUCCUGGAGGUAUUUCCGGUCUCGGUGUUCUCACCAACCGCAACAAGGAUGGUACUGGUGUCCGCGUUAUCCUUGCUGGCACCAUGGAUGGUACCAACGCCGAAGUUGGCUACAAGCCCGAGAUCUUCGAUCGCGACGCCGAACAUGCCGUCAAGUACGCUGUCGACUGGGUCAAGGAGCACGGUCCCAAGCUUGCCCGUACUUCGGCUGGCAAGACCUUCGUUGACACCAAAAUGAGUCGCAUGCUCGGUCUUCCUCCAGUCAUGGUUGCUGGUAUGACCCCUUGCACUGUCCCUGCCGAGUUCGUUGCCGCAACCAUGAACGCUGGUUACGAAAUCGAACUUGCUGGUGGUGGUUACUUCACCGACGCAAAGAUGACUGCAGCCAUUGCCGAGAUUGAAAAGAACAUCCCAGCUGGCCGUGGUAUCACAAUCAACCUGAUCUACGUCGCCCCUCACGCUAUGGCAUGGCAGAUUCCCAUGAUUGCCAGACUACGUGCUGACGGUGUUCCAAUUGAUGCUCUGACUAUCGGUGCUGGUGUUCCUUCCGUCGAGGUCGCCAACGAGUACAUCCGUACCUUGGGCAUUAAGCGCAUCUCUUUCAAGCCCGGCUCAGUUGAGGCCAUCCAGUCGUGUAUCAACAUCGCCAAGGCCAACCCUGGUUUCCCUGUGAUCAUGCAGUGGACCGGUGGUCGUGGUGGUGGUCACCACUCGUUCGAGGACUUCCACCAGCCCAUGUUCCAGAUGUACGGCAGAAUCCGCAAGUGCCCCAACCUUGUCCUCGUUGCUGGAAGUGGUUUCGGUGCUGCCGAGGACACCUACCCUUACUUGACUGGUCAAUGGGCAAGCAAGUUUGGCUACCCUCCCAUGCCUUUCGACGGUGUUCUGUUCGGUAGUCGUGUCAUGGUCGCCAAGGAGGCCAAAACCGCCCCUGCUGCCAAGCAGGCUAUCGUUGACGCUCCUGGUCUUGACGAUGCCGACUGGGAGAAGACCUACAAGGGACCUGCUGGCGGUGUCAUUACAGUCCGCUCCGAGAUGGGCGAGCCUAUCCACAAGCUCGCCACUCGUGGUGUCUUGUUCUGGGCCGAGAUGGACCAGAAGAUCUUCUCUCUUGACAAGGCCAAGCGUAUUCCUGAGCUCAAGAAGAACCGUGACCACAUCAUCAAGAAGCUCAACGACGACUUUCAAAAGGUGUGGUUCGGUCGCAACUCUGCCGGUGUUUCUGUCGAUCUCGAAGACAUGACCUAUGGUGAAGUUGUCCGCCGCAUGGUCGAGUUGAUGUACGUCAAGAAGGAGAAGCGCUGGAUCGAUCCUUCUCUCGCUAGACUUACCGUCGACUUCAUCCGUCGUGUCGAGGAGCGUCUUACUACUACUGCCAACAAGAGCUCGCUCAUCCAGAACUACUCUGAGAUGAACGAACCCUUCGAGGUUGUUGAGAAGUUCCUUGCCGCUUAUCCUGAAGCCGACAAGCAGCUCAUCAACGCUCAGGAUGUCCAGCACUUCAUCCAGCUCUGUCAGCGCCGCGGCCAGAAGCCUGUGCCAUUCGUGCCUGCCCUCGACGCUAGCUUCGAGUUCUUCUUCAAGAAGGAUUCGCUGUGGCAGUCUGAGGAUCUCGCAGCCGUUGUCGGCGAGGAUGUCGGCAGAACCUGUAUUCUUCAGGGUCCCAUGGCCGUCAAGUACUCUACCAAGGUUGACGAGCCUAUCAAGGAAAUUCUUGACGGCGUGCACGAGGGCCACAUUAAGUACCUGCUCAAGGAUGUCUACGGUGACGAUGAGUCUAAGAUCCCUGUCGUCGAGUACUUCGGUGGAAAGCUCCUCGAGGCCAGCGACGAGAUCGAUGUUGAGGGUUUGACUGUUUCUGAGCUCAACAACAAGGUCAUCUACCGCCUCUCUGCAUCUCCUAGCGCAGCCCUGCCCAAGGAAGACUCGUGGAUGUCUCUGCUCGCUGGUAAGACCUACUCUUGGAGACACGCUUUCUUCACUGCAGACGUUUUCGUCCAAGGUCAGAGAUUCUACACCAACCCCAUGCACCGCAUCUUCGCACCUGCUCCUGGUAUGAUGGUCGAGGUCAACUACCCCAACGAUCCCAGCAAGACCGUCAUCACUGUCAAGGAGCCUACCUCAAGCGGCAAGUUCGUACAGACCAUCGAGGUUGGACCCAUGGUCAACAACGAGAUCACUGUCCAGCUUAUUGAGGACCGCUCUGCCACCAACUCGGCUGUUGCUCUGCCCUUGAAGUUCACCUACCACCCUGAGACUGGCUACGCCCCUAUCAGAGAAGUCAUGGAGGCUCGCAACGACCGUAUCAAAGAGUUCUACUACAAGAUCUGGUUCGGUGAUGCCGAUGUUCCUUUCGACACCCCUGUCACCUCGCGCUUCGACGGUGGCAGAGCUACUGUUACUAGCGAGGCCAUUAACGACUUCGUCCAUGCAGUUGGUAACACUGGCGAAGCUUUCGUCGACCGUCCCGGCAAGGAGGUCUUCGCUCCCAUGGAUUUUGCCAUCGUUGUUGGAUGGAAGGCUAUCACUAAGCCCAUCUUCCCUCGCAAGAUUGACGGUGAUCUUCUUAAGCUUGUUCACCUUUCGAACGGCUUCCGCAUGAUCCCUGGCGCUGCUCCUUUGAAGAAGGGCGAUGUCCUCGAUACCACUGCUGAGGUCAACGCUGUCAUCAACCAGGCCUCUGGUAAGAUGGUCGAGGUUUGCGGUACCAUCACCCGUGACGGCAAGCCCGUCAUGGAGGUCACCAGUCAGUUCUUGUACCGCGGUGCAUACACCGACUUCGAGAACACCUUCCAAAGAAAGACUGAGAAGCCCAUGCAGAUCACUCUUGCUACAAGUAAGGAUGUUGCAGUCCUCCAGUCGAAGGAGUGGUUCCGUCUCGAGGACACUGAGAUUGAUCUUCUCGGCCAGACUCUCACUUUCCGCCUGCAGAGUCUUGUUCGCUACAAGAACGAGAACGUCUUCAGCACCGUCGAGACUGUUGGUCAGGUUGAGAUUGAGUUGCCUAGCAAGGAGAUCAUUCAGCUCGCCUCGGUUGAGUACGAAGCCGGUGUCUCUCACGGUAACCCCGUCAUUGACUACCUGGAGCGUAAUGGCUCUGCCAUCGACCAGCCUGUCAACUUCGAGAACCCUAUUCCCUUGAACGGCAAGACNCCUCUCGAGCUCAAGGCACCUGCAUCUAACGAGACCUACGCCAAGGUUUCGGGCGAUUACAACCCCAUUCACGUUUCUCGUGUCUUCUCCAAGUACGCUAACCUUCCCGGCACUAUCACUCACGGCAUGUACUCUAGUGCUGCCGUCAGAAGCUUGGUCGAGACUUGGGCUGCUGAGAACAAUGUCGGCCGCGUCCGCAGCUUCCACGUCAACCUCGUGGGCAUGGUUCUUCCCAACGACACCAUCCAAGUCAGCUUGCAACACAUCGGUAUGGUCUCUGGUCGCAAGAUCAUCACUGUUGAGGCACGCAACAAGGAGACCGAGGACAAGGUCCUCAUCGGUGAGGCAGAGGUCGAGCAGCCUGUUUCCGCCUACGUCUUCACUGGCCAAGGUUCUCAGGAACAGGGUAUGGGUAUGGAGCUGUACGCAAGCAGCCCUGUCGCUAAGGAGGUCUGGGACAGAGCAGACAAGCACUUCCUUGACAACUAUGGUAAGCAAAUUCUGACUAUCAACAAACGUGCAUCGCUAACAAAUUACNNAGGUUUCGCCAUUACCAACAUUGUCAAGAACAACCCCAACGAGAUGACUGUUCACUUCGGUGGACCUCGUGGUAAGGCCAUUCGUCAAAACUACAUGUCGAUGACCUUCGAGACCGUCAGCGCCGAUGGAAGCAUCAAGUCAGAGAAGAUCUUCAAGGAGAUCAACGAGACCACCACAUCGUACACCUACCGCUCACCAACUGGUCUGCUGUCGGCUACCCAAUUCACUCAGCCUGCACUUACUCUUAUGGAGAAGGCCUCCUUCGAGGAUAUGCGCUCUAAGGGUCUCGUUCAGCGUGACAGCAGUUUCGCUGGUCACUCUCUUGGAGAGUACUCUGCUCUCGCUGCCAUGGCCGAGGUCAUGCCUAUUGAGAGUUUGGUGUCGGUUGUGUUCUACCGUGGUCUGACCAUGCAAGUCGCUGUCGAGCGUGACGAGGCUGGCCGCUCAAACUACUCUAUGUGCGCUGUCAAUCCUUCGCGUAUCGGCAAGACUUUCACCGAGCAGGCUCUGCAAUACGUUGUCGAGAAUAUCGCAGAGACCACCACAUGGCUUCUGGAGAUCGUCAACUACAACAUCGCCAACAUGCAGUACGUCGCUGCUGGUGACCUUCGUGCGCUCGACUGUCUGGCCAACGUCCUCAACUACCUCAAGGUGCAGAAGAUCGACAUUCAAUCAUUGAUGCAGACCAUGUCCCUUGAAGACGUCAAGGGCCACCUCGUUGAGAUCAUCAAGGGAUGCGCAGAGCAGACCGAGGCCAAGCCCAAGCCUCUUGACCUCCAGCGUGGUUUCGCCACAAUUCCUCUCAAGGGUAUUGAUGUGCCAUUCCACAGUACCUUCCUGCGUUCGGGUGUCAAGCCCUUCCGCUCCUUCUUGCUCAAGAAGAUCAACAAGACAAGUAUCGACCCUAGCAAGCUCGUUGGCAAAUACAUUCCCAACGUCACUGCCAGGCCAUUCGAAAUCACCAAGGAGUACUUCGAGGACGUGUACCGCCUGACCAACUCACCCAAGAUUGGCAACAUUCUGGCCAACUGGGAGAGUUACGUUAACGAUGAUGGCAGCAAGCCCGCUCCCACCGCAUAG